CAGCACCAUCCUCAUUAUACACGACUCGCGGGGCGCAGUGACUACUGAAUCACCCACUCGUCAACGCCCCGGCGCCCGAUUCAAAAAAGACCCUGCGAUGCCCUCAGGGCGGUGUCCAAAUCUGUCUCACACGUGGCCGUCUUCAUGCCGGUCUAUCCCGACAUUUCCGCUGGUGGAGAGACUGUGCCCAUUCCGUUGUAUGGGGGAUUGGGUGACUUUGUCCAGUAUGUGACGGAUUCUGUUUUACCAAAUGGGACACCCCUUACGGAGGUUGAUUGUCCACCUGACAGCAGUGAACUUACCGUCGAAGGUGACAGAGAAUGGACAGUACAAGUAUCGCAAGACCAAGUAGUAAGGAGUAAUGAAGAUGAGGAAGACGUUGUAGACUACGAAGAAGGAGAAGAGAGCAUAUCAUGUGAUUGUCAUUCGAGAGGAGAAUGGACAUGUACAAGUUCAUCCCAAUGUGAUUGUGUGUCUUCAUUCGGUAACUUUUAUUCUACUCCUACGUCGCUACAAAGCGUAGGGAGAAAGCAUGGAAUAUUAUCGAAGCAAGAGCUGCCAGGGGAUCAGGUAUUAUUGCUUGACGCUCUACCGCCCAAUUUACCGUUGGUGGAAUGUGGACCUAAGUGCGGAUGUGGGGAAUGGUGUGCUAAUCGGGUCAGUCAACGAGGGGUUAGAACCAAACUAUCCGUCCAACCUACCCCUACACAAGGUCUAGGAUUAUUCUACACUCCAAAAGUUCAUCUCUCAUCCACGAUAAAUAACACAUCACCCUCCGACUCUGUAAAGUUGAUCGAUCCUGUGAACCGACUCGACUCGGUAUCUCAAAUCUUACCAAAAGGUACUUUUAUAGCUCUAUACGCAGGAGAAUAUUUGACAUCUCUUCAAGCUCAUACUCGUUGGGCAUCACGUACACAUUCUACCUCCUACAGAUGUCCUGAGACCUCCCAAGCGUCACUCGAUAUCCUGGAUAUUCUAGUCGACGAACUCCCAACAAAGGGUGAUUUGAACGAAACCACUCUGUCUCAAGAAGAAACGACAUUAUCCCAAGGAAGAACCAUAUCAUCUCUGAAUGAAACACCAACGAUGACUAACGACAAUUACAUACUAUCAAUCCGACUUCCGAACCAAACUUGGCACAUAGAUCCUAGACGUAUAGGAAACGUUUCAAGAUAUAUGAACCAUUCUUGUGAUCCAAAUUGUAUCAUUGAGAUUGUUUUUUGGGGUUCAGGGAAUGUUUGGCCAAGAGCUGGAGUAUAUACACGACGUGAUAUUCAACCAGGAGAACAAUUAACCUUCGAUUAUUCUUCUGCAUCUUCUACCACUCCCUUAGUCCCUCCCACUUCCUCCAUACCCUCCUCCCAUCCGAGCAACACUCCCGUUUCUUCGUACAAACUUGGAGAAAUGGAUAAAAGAGUUAAAUGUAUGUGUCAAAGUUUUAAAUGUAAAGGAUGGAUACCAUUUGAUCCUACUCUUUGAAUCUACCCUACCCUACCCUACGUACGACCCUUUAUAUUUCCAGCUUAUUUCACUCAAACCAACUCUUGCUUCGUUUUACAAACCAAUAGAGUACAUCAUCAUAUGCAUCUGAAAUCAUCUA